UUCGCCAGUCACGGCCGCGUCAGUGAUCCGACGACGAUCGGUGCCGGUGUUUAGCGUCAACCGCAGAGAGAACACUUUCGGCGUUUUAUAUGAUAUUAAAAACAUAAUAUUAUCGUUUACAAGCACCGUCGGUUCUGCCUAGAAAACACAGUCCGAACCAGUGGUUAGCGCACACGACUGUUAUCAUAAUACAUAUUAAUUAUUUCUACCGUAAAAUAAUAUUAUCGUUAACGCGCGACCCCUUCGCCGACAGUCGACGAAUGAGUAAAUCGCCGGCGACGAACAGCUCGCGAUAACCACUCUGUUUCGCGCACAAGGUAUAAUUAUGAUGCAGCGGCAGCAAAAGGGCGUGGGAGUAGUCGAAAGAAACCGCUCGAACGUGAUCCGCUGUUUUCGGUUCGGAUCUAUAUCGUUGCCAUAGUGUAAUGAUGGCACGAGCGUACGUGACCGUAUGGAUUGUAGCGUGGAUGUGCUGGUCGGCAGCCAUCAUCGUCGGUGCCAAGGUGAUGAAAUGCUGUCCCAGGGACAUGAUAUUGGCGAUCGACACGUUCUCGUGCACGGGCUUCGUGACCAAUGACCAGAACCAGCGCGAGUCGUACGCUUGGUCGUCGUCGGACGACUCGGCCGCGGCCACCAUACCAGAAGACUUCGCGUUGUCCGUCUCUAACAGCAGCUCUAUACCAUGGUGGAUACCGCCCUACAUGGAGUUCCUGCAGUCCUCAAAUCUGUCGGACAAGUUCGAACCGGACGACGGGUCGUUCGACGUGGACGGCACCAUGCCUUGCGAAAUGGCCUCCCGGGAGAUGACCGUCAUCGACGACGACGUGGCGGUGCUGGACGACGGGCGGCUGGUCAUGUUCGGACAGGAAAACCGGUCGGCCGGCGCUUACGAGCGGCUGACGUUCACUAGCACCGAGUACUGCAUCGACCGCGUGUCACUGGUGGACGGCAUCACGCCGAACAACAAUAACAGCCACAAGACGACCACAUCGACCACGACCACAGCCGCUACGACGACCGUCAGGGACGGGAGCCGCUUGGGCAACUCGUCCACCGCCGCCCCCGAAACGCAUGUCACGUACACGUACGUGGCGCUGGUGUGCCGGCCGUGCACGAGGAUGACGUGCGUGCCGAAAUGCUGUGGCAAGGGUCUUAUGCUCGUGUACCAGAAGCACAACAAGAGCGACGUCAUCGGGUGCCGGAAAAUGCAGUCCGUGGACAACGCCACCGCCGCCAUACAAAUGAAACUCGCCAACGGGACGGAACUGCGGCGUAAGGACCUCUACUUCUUCGGCUUGAAGCCGCCGAACUGCGGUUCCCGUGGCUGGUACCUGCUUGGUGCGGACACGAAAAACGGAAGCGAGGACGCAAAAAAACAGGAGACCGGGAUACCGAAAAAGCAAGCGGGCUACGGUCUGCUGCCGGACGGCCGCGUGCAGGUGGACGGCGGCCUGUUGCCCAUCGAGCGCGACGACUACUGCGUGGACGCGAUGCAGGCCGGCACGAAGACGUCGCCGCCCACGUACACGGGUGUGAUGCUCGCGUGCCGACUCGCCGCCGGUGUCGCGGACGCCGCCGGACCGCUCAAGUUCCGCGAGAUACUGUACGGCACCUACUUCGUGGUCGGCACGAUUUUCCUGGCCGCCACACUGCUCAUAUACGCUGUGCUGCCCGAGCUCCGCGUCACCGUCCACUCGGGCAACCUGAUGGCUCACACCGUCUGCUUGUUCGUGUCAUACGCCACGCUCGCAGCCACCACGCUCGUCCGCCGAAUGUUCAACAAUUGUGCAUGCGUCAUUGCCGGUUUUGUCAUACAAUUUUCAUUCCUUGCAGCUUUUUUCUGGCUAAACGUCAUGUGUGCGGACAUUGCAUGGACAUUUAGUGGAUUCAGGUUACUUUUGUCCUCAAAUAAAAUUGAAAAUGAGAAAAAAAAAUAUGUCAUUUAUUCAGCUUAUGCGUGGGGUUGUAGCAUUGGAAUCACAAUUUUGACAGCUUUGGCUGAAUUCACCAAAUUAUUUGGCGAUAGUAGUUAUAAACCAAAUUUUGGAAAUUACGAUUGCUGGUUUUCUAAUAAGUUAUCAGUCGGCGUAUUCUUUUAUUUACCAAUUGGGUUACUUCUGUCGACCAAUUUUAUACUGUUCUUAUUCACUGCUUUUAGAAUUGUGUUCAUCCGAAGGGGUACUUCUAAAGUAUUGAAUCGCCAAAAUAAUCACAAUGAUAUGAGGUUGUCGCUGUACUUAAAGCUGUUCUGCCUGAUGGGCGUGACGUUCGUUUUCGAAGUGAUCUCGUGGGCGGUCGAGGCGCCCGCUUACUACUGGUACGCCACGGACGCCAUCAACUCACUCCGCGGCGUGUUCGUGUUCUUCAUAUUCUGCUGGAAGCGUUCGGUGCUCAACUUGCUCCUGGCUCGAGCGCCCGAGCCGGCUCGCGAGCGGUUCGUCCGAGCUUUCGGCGUCCGCGAGCCGCACCGGUACCCGAGCUUCUCGUCGUCGUGCCAGCCCAACAACUUUGGCACCGCCGUCAACACCAGCACGCGGACGCACAGCAGCGCCACGGCGUCUGCGCAGACGGCCAACGGAUUGCAGCUGUCGCAGUUCGGCAGCUCGGCGUCGUUCGCGGCGUCGGCGGCAAGGAGGAAUUCGUCGGGGCGACGGUGAUAACACGACCCGUCGACUAACCAAGAUGACGUAUAGAGAGGACUCAUCGUCACGACACGAUCGACCGCGGCGGGCGUGCGAGAUGUCUCUCUCAAAAUGUGUACAGCGCGUGUAGAUAAUGUAUGCGUUGGACAGUAUGACGUAUUGUAUUUGUAAGUGGGAUCGAAGAGCAUGUUAUAGACUGGUUACCACAAAGCGGUUACACGCAAUAGAGGUUGUAGUAUUUAAAAAUAUCGCCACUAAUAAUAAUAUUAAACAAUAAUAAUAAACAAUUUUAACUUUAAAACACAAUUGUAUGAUAAAAAAUAUCGUGAUGAAUAAUAUUUAGGUAUAGUCAUUAAAAAUUACAAUAGUAGGUAUUGAAAAAAGAAUAUUAUAUAAAAAAUUGUUUAAUUCAAAAUUUGGCAGACUGCAGUGGGUUGAUAAAAUGUUUUACCAUAAAUCACAUCCGCAAUAUAUAACCAUUAUGGUAACUAUUAGAUUUUUCGAACAAACUAUAUCGUGUAUUACCUGCAGUGGUGGCUCGUUGGAUGGUGCACAAACAUUUUUAAUAAAUGUACCGCGUCAAUAUUGUUUUUUACGGCGUGGCACGAUAAAAAUAGGUGCAUAAAUUUAUCGUGUUCCGAAACGCAAUCAGCAAAAGUGUGGAUGCAUAAUAUAAUAUUUGUACAAUCGACUGGUGCACAACGAAUUUGUGCUCCACAAAAUUAUCGAAUAUGCACUCUUGUCAACGCCAAAAGCUAAUAAAACCGUCACAAAUAUUUUUUAAACUGUCAACUAUAUUCAUAAUAAUUAAUAAAUAAUAAA